CGGGCAACUUGUCCGGCAACAGACAUGCGUAUUAGCCGGUGGAGCGGGUGGGCGUGCGCAUGUGUAGGAGCUUAGAGUCAUCAUGGCGGCUCGUAGCCAUGUGCAGGAUCCCAAUGACAGGAGGUUGCGUCCGAUCUAUGAUUAUCUGGACAAUGGCAAUAACAAGAUGGCUAUACAGCAAGCUGACAAACUGCUCAAAAAACACAGGGACCUUCACUGUGCAAAGGUCCUAAAGGCAAUCGGUUUGCAACGGACAGGCAAACAAGAAGAAGCAUUUGCUGUGGCACAGGAAGUAGCUGCACUUGAACCCACAGAUGACAACUCCUUGCAGGCUCUCACUAUUCUUUAUCGUGAAAUGCACAGACCUGAGCUGGUUACUAAGCUAUAUGAGGCUGCUGUGCGAAAAGUCCCAAGCAGUGAAGAGUAUCACUCGCACCUCUUCAUGGCAUAUGCCAGGGUUGGAGAAUACAAAAAAAUGCAACAGGCUGGGAUGGCACUUUACAAGAUUGUUCCGAAGAAUCCGUAUUACUUCUGGUCUGUGAUGAGCCUGGUUAUGCAAUCUAUUUCAGCACAAGAUGAAAAAUUAUCGAAGACAAUGUUCCUCCCCUUAGCACAGAGAAUGGUGGAAAAAAUGGUAAAAGAAGACAAGAUUGAGGCUGAAGCUGAGGUGCAACUCUACUUAAUGAUUUUGGAACGACUUGGAAAAGACCAGGAGGCUCUUGAAGUUAUCAGAGGAAAACUGGGAGAAAAACUGACCAGUGAGUUACAAAGUCGAGAGAUGAAAUGUAUGGUGCUGUACAAGAAGCUGAUAAAAUGGCCUGAAUGUAAUGCACUUUCGAGGAAGCUUUUAAUUCACAACCCAGAUGACUGGCAGUUUUAUAUAUCAUAUUUUGAUUCCCUCUUCCAUCUGAUUGAUGAGGCUUGGACACCACCUGCCGAAGCUGAGCACUGUCCAGAGGGCCCAGUCACUUGUCUUGUACAGGAAGCCAUAUCCUUUGUGGAGGAGCGAAUUUUGAAUGAAGAACCGAAGGGCUCCCGUCAUCUGAGGGGACCAUACCUGGCUAAACUUGAAUUAAUAAGGCGGCUGAGAGAGAGGGGUACAAACGAUGAACACAAACUUGGAAUUCCGGAGGAUCUGAUGUUCCAGUACUUUGAGAGGUUUGGGGACAGGCCUUGCUGUUAUUCUGACCUGAGAAUCUUUGUCGAUCUUCUAUCGCUGGACCGGCAUACACAGUUUAUCAACAAAUUGAUGGAGGUAGUACCUCUUUCAAUAUCAACAGAGAGUGAUCUUGCAUUACCAGGUGAUGUCAAAGCCAUGCAAAGGCAUAUGUUUGUUGUUCAAUUUGCUCGAUUAUUAGGCCUUCACGAGACCAUGGACCAGACACAGAAGCUCAGACUUGUUGAAGAGCUGAUGCAACGAUACAAACAUGCCUUAAAGUUUGGAAAGUCGUGCUUGAAAACAGAGCUGCAGUUCUCUGAUAAUUAUUGUCUCCUUGCUGUGCACCUUCUUCUCGACAUCUGGCGACAAUCAGGUGAGGAAUGGCCACUGUGGCGGUCCCUAGCACUGCUGGAGGAGAGCCUCUCGAACAGCCCCUCGAGUGCUCAAUUCAAGCUGCUACUCAUUCGAAUUUAUUGUCUGCUGGGAGCUUUUGAACCAGUUGUAGACUUGUACACCAGUCUUGAUGCCAAACAUGUGCAGCACGAUACAAUCGGAUAUCUGCUGACUCGUUAUGCAGAGCCGCUGGGCCACCUUGCUGCUGCUUCCCAAGCUUGUAACUUCACACUCAGGUUUUUCCACUCCAACCAGAAAGAUACCUCUGAAUACAUAAUUCAGGCAUACAAAUAUGGUGCAUUUGAGAAAAUCCCAGAAUUCAUUGCCUUCCGGAACAGACUGAAUAAUUCUCUGCAUUUCGCACAAGUUCGCAUUGAACGUAUGCUGUUAGAUCUCUUCCUCGAAGCAAACAUAACCAACAGCCUGGAAGAAAGUAUUAAAGCAAUGGGCCUAUGUCCAGAUGAGGAUGAUAUUCCAUGGGACAAUCUACGGGAUAACCGGGAUCUGGCUGUUAGUAUUAGCUGGGAUCCAAAGGACAGGGAGUUGUCAGAAGGGGAAAGGAAAUCUUCAAUGAAAGAGGAGAGAAUAUGGCUUCAAGUUCGCUCAUUGACACUGCGUCUGGUCUGUGCACUCUCUGCUGUUAGCCAUACAGUAGAGCCAAAAAAUUCCGAAAAGACAACAACAAAUGGUGUCACUUCUAAAAUUGAGACGCUGCGCUCUUUAAUUCAACAGCUUGAAUGUGUGGUACAGUCUGAGAAGAAAAAAGACAAACUAACUGCUAAGUUCCUCAUCCAGGGACCACCUCCAACACGUAUGACAACCUAUCUGGAAAGCAACAGUUGUCGUUGUCAGAUUAAUGCUUUCCAUCUGGUCACUGAUAUGUAUGAACUGGAUGUCAGUGGAUUAGAUGAAACACUGGAUAUCCAGGAGAGGAUAGCAAAUAAUUUUAAAUCUUUGUUACAACAGUUACAAGAAUUAUUCAAUAAAUGUAAAGGAAAUUUAUUGGAAACCAAGGAAACAGAAUGUACAACAAAACCAGAACUCUUAGAAAACCUUGUCUUUUUACUUGAGGUAAGCAUAAUUUCAUGGCUGUCUUAUGUCUGUAGAGACAUGCUAACACCCCAGAAGUGGUCUUUUAGAAGGAAAUCCUUGAUUCAAAAAUUGGUUAUUAAUGUUUUAAUUCCCAUUGUUUUCAGCAGCUUCCAGGAUUUUGUGGGUAGAUUGCAGAAUUUCCUGUCUGAAGUGGUUAAUCAUCUUAAAGAAUUGGAGACAACACUCACUGCACUGAAACUCGAAGAAUUAACACUGGAAAGUCCUUCAGCUGUUCAGGAUGAGCAGAAGUUUUCCCGGACGGUGCGAAGUAAAAUACAAAGCAGCUACCAACGUUCUCUACAGGAGAUUGGAGAACUACUAAGAAAGAGAUUGGACAUGGUUAAAAGCCUGAAAAUUUAACUGUUUGAGGCAGAGGAAGAAAGGGGGAAACUGACCAGUGAAGAACUGCACGGCUAUGCCGUAAUACCCCACUAUAAUUACAGUGUGUUCCUAGGACCCCAUCAGAUACAUCAGCUGAUGCAGAACAUUUACCAGAAAGCAUGAAGGACUUUGCAACAAAAGAGUUUAAAGUAAAAGGUUUUUAGAACAAAAAAGGUUAAUAAAUUAUGUACAUAAAUUCAGAGUCAGAGGCCUUCUCUCAGACUUGGCAGCAAUAUUUUUAGAAUCCGUUGGGUGUUUCUCUUGUGUAGUUCUGUGCAUGUUUGCACCCAGCACCAUCGCUACUAGAUGCUGAAGAGUCAAAUGAAAGGUUAGACUGUGUUCAAUAGCAAAUAUAGUACCUGUUUAGGUACUGACAUUUUGACUGCAGCUUAUACAACACAUGGGUGUACAGAAUGUAUAUGAUAAGUACCACGUGUUCCAUCAUAAUUUAUUCAACUUUUAAUUUUUUUUAAUUUGUAUAAAAUUUGUGUUGUAUAAGCAGAACUUUCUUUCACAAACUGUUCUCCUUUAUAGACCUGGCUCCUCAAAUCCAUUCCCUUAUUUGCAAUUUUCUUUCUGACCCUGUUUUAUUAAGGUUAAUUUGGGGGAUUUUUUUUGCUUUUUAUGUGCUUGCUUUUCUAUCAAAUUUUUGUUUUGUUUGAAUUGUGUGUGAGAGCUGCUUAUCCACACCUGAUUACUGAUGGUCUUGGUUCAGUGUUCAUUGCAGUAUACACCUGCAGAGCAGACUGUGGGGAGAGAUUUCCAGACAGUGUAAUCAAUGCCGUGAGGCAUUAAUGUUGUCUCUCUCAUUUCUCAGUGUAUUCACUGCCUCUUUGUCAAACAAGGAAAAGUGUGUUAGCAUCUAACGUACAAGAGCAUCCUUUCCAUUGUCUUCACAGCUGCUGAAGACAGGACUGAGGAAAAGGAAAGCCUAAUGUAUUAAAACAGUUCUCAAUCAGAGAGUAUACUUUGACAGAAGAGCCUAAAUUCCAUGAGGCAUACUCAAAUAUGAAACAACAGUAAGGUUUGCAUUUUUGUUGCACUAAUCCCUUGGUAGUAUUUGUAUUUUGUUAACACCACACACUUUGUUGAAGGCUCUCUAUCAUGUUGCAGCAACAUUAAUUUGUCAAAAAUAACUUUCAGUAAAAUAACCCAUAAUCAGAUACACUCCAAGCUGUAUCCUUGCUCCCCCACUGGUGGAGCAUGUAAUAUGUUAAAACUAUAAAGACCAAAAUGGUGAACAAUUUGCUAAUUGAUCUUUGCUAAAUUUACUAAUUUCAUUGGGGUGGCAUUACAAUUGCCUUUAAUAGUUCAAGGUAGGAAUGAGAAAACAUAAAUCCAUUCCUCAUAUGAAGCUGCUGAUCCAUCUAAGAAAAUUAUGUGAGUAUUGAGUGAGACUGAACUUCAAUAUAUCUUUGGCACUCUCAGAAAUAAAUACCUGCCAACAAUCAGUGUGGACUUGUGUCGAAAAUCCUAUUAUUGACGCACUGCUAAAGGGCUUCUGUGAAUAGACUGUUUCCAAAUGUCAAUUGGCACUUUUUUUUAGAAAGGGAAGGAAGGGAAAGGAGCUGUAUAAUUGAGUGUGCCAGUAAAACUUGUGGAUCAGUGAGGUUUGUAUGUAUCGGAACCAUUUUAUCUUUAUAUAAAUAGCCCUGUUUAAAAACAUGACCAUUAAAUUGGAACAUAAAGGCUAGAGAAACUGGGGUUGUUCUCCUUAGCAGAGAAAGUCAACAGAUUUGAUGUGUUCAGAGUUAUGAAGUCUUGAUAAAAUAAAUAAGGAGGACUUUCCAAUGACAAAAUGACAAUUAAUAGAGAAUGAGUGCUUAAGAUAAUUGUGAAAAGAACCGGAGGUGGGUGGAGAGAAACAUUUCUGCAGCUUUGAUCGGGAAUACAAUCCUAAAAGGAUCAGAUUGAAAAGUAGCUUUCAAAAGGGAAUGGGAAAUGGAAAAAGUUGCAGGACUUUCUGGAAAACCAAGAAAUGGGACGAGUUGGCCAGCUUCCCCCAACAUCUGUCAUAUGCAUGUUGGGCUAAAUGCUUUCAUUCUGUGCUGUAUCUUGGUGUGAUUGAAUGGCAUACUGAGUUGGCACAGUCCUUUAAAUUCUUGGUUUAGAUCCAGUCCAGGCAAUCCCUUUCUGCUGCUAACAAGAAGAGCUUGAAUUUUGUUUCAUCUAAAUUCCUUAGAAUAUCUCUCAGGCCUUAAUAGCAUUGAAUAGAAAUAUCUGGUUUAUUGUGGAUUCAUAAGUGAAUUUGGGAUAACCUCCUAUUACUGAGACAGUCUAGGUACCUUUACUGCCCAGUCAACCUGCACAGAUGUGAACUUUGUCAGCUUGACCAAACAAUUACAUGUUAAAUAGUGUUGAUGUAGUGACAUAAAUGCAAUAAACAAUAUGGUUUUGUUGUUUUUAAUCCAGA